AUGGCUCUUUCCGCUGCUGAACUCCAGAAGCGCCACCAGCUCGAGGGUGCUCCUGACCCGUUCCCGUCGCUCGGCGGUGCUCCCUCCCCGGCCCGUCCCAAGGCCGCGGCGGCCUCCGCUGGCGUCCCCUCGAACGGCGCUGGUGCCAGCAACGGUGCUGGCGCCGGCAACGGUAACGGUCUCGAUGCCGCCUCAGAGGAGGCGUUCCCCUCGCUCGGCGCUUCGUCUGGCCCUGCCCAGAACAUUGCCCGUCCCGCCAUCUCGGCGUGGGCGUCCAAGCCCGCUACCGUCAAGGCUGGCAAGAAGACCGCUGCCGGUGCUGGCGGUCUCGGUCGUGCCGGCCAGGCCACUGCCGCGAGCCACCCGUUCACCGAGACCUUUGCCAUCCCCGCCAACGAGCUCGCUACCGGCAAGGUUGUCCAGGAGACGAUGAAGAAGGUCGCCGACCAGACUGGCGCCGUCGUCGAGUCGUCUACCCAGAUGUCCACUGGCCUCAAGCAGUUCCACAUCAAGGCCGCCGACGCCAAGCGCCUCGCUCUCGCGCGCCAGAUCAUCGAGCGCGGUCUCUCCAAGCCCGUCGUCCUCGAGGUCGAGGUCCCCAUCACCACUAUCGGCACUAUCAUCGGUCCCAAGGGCGCCACCUUGAAGUCGAUCACCGACGCUACCUCGACCAAGAUUGACAUUCCCCGCCGCGACACCCUCCCUGCCUGGGACCCCCGCGAGCAGGGCAACGCCAACGGCGACGACGGUGACGACUCGGAGGACGACGACGCCGAGGAGCCCCAGGUCACCAUCACCAUCUCGGGUACCUCUGCCGCCGCUGCCGACGCCCGCACCCGUCUCCUCGGCCUCAUCUCGCACAAGGUCUCGCAGGCCUCCACGUCGAUCAAGAACAUUCCCUCCAAGUACUACCCCUUCAUUGCCGGUGCCCACGGUGCCAACGCCCGCAAGCUCGAGGAGGAGGUCGGUGCCGGCGAGGUCAAGGUCCACGUGCCCCCUCCCGCUGUCUGGAAGCAGAUCCAGGCCGACGACGACGAGGACGACUCGACCGCCGCCGCUACUGCUGCGUCCGCCAACCUCAAGGACCGCGACCUCACCAUCAAGGUCAAGGGUGACAAGGAGAAGGUCAAGCUCGUGGUUGCCGAGAUCCAGCGCCAGUUUGAGUCGCUCGUCUCGAGCCUCAAGGAGUUUGGCAUUGUCGUCCCCAAGCGCCAGCACCGCUACCUCACCGGUGACGCUGCCAACGACAUUCUCGAGAAGACUGGCUGCAUCAUCGACCUUCCCCCUGCCAACGACUCGAACGAGCAGGUCAUGAUGCGUGGCCCCCAGUCGGGCCUCCUCAAGGCCAUCGAGCUCGCCAUGUCCAAGGCCGAGGCCGUUGCCGUCGAGACUGUCGACGCCGUCGCCCUCUCGGGUCUCCACUCGAACCAGCCCCUCCCGCACGCCAAGAAGGUUGCCCGCUUCCUCCAGCGCUCGUCGCGCCUCAAGAACAUUGCCGCCGGCUACAAGGGCGUCAAGAUCUACGCUCCCCGCCCCGCGGCCGUCGAGGCCACUGGCAAGGUCGUCAUUGAGGUUGUUGGCGAGGACAAGGCCGAGGUCGUCAAGGCCCGCGACGAGGUCGUUGCCGCCGUCAAGUCGGUCCCUCCCGCUGCCACCACCACUGUCGAGAUUGACCCCGCUGUCCACUCGCUCCUCAUCGGCAAGAAGGGUGCCAAGAUUGCCCAGUUCGAGUCGGCCAACUCGGUCACCACCGUCUUCCCCCCGGCCGACGAGGAGUCGUCCGAGGUCCACCUCGUCUACACCGGCACCGACCUGCCCGCUGACAAGAAGGCCCGCGACGCCAAGCUCAAGGAGGGUGUCGCCGCCGCUGCCACCGCCCUCACUGCGCUUGCCAAGGACGCUGCCGACGUCAAGACCGAGACCCUCACCGUUGACAAGAAGUGGCACCGCGCCAUCAUUGGCACUGGCGGCACUGUGCUCAACGCCCUUAUUGGCGAGGACGCUCUCGUCCACGUCCGUGUCGGCUCUGGCCAGGGCAAGAAGUCGGACGACGACGAGAACACUGUUGUUGUCCGCGGCCCCUCGGGCGAGGUCGACCGCGUCGUUGCCCAGAUCAAGCAGAUUGUCGAGGACGCCAAGAACGACGACAUUAUCAACGGCUACACUGUCGAGUUUGACGUCGACAAGAAGUACGUCCCCCACCUUGUCGGCCAGUCUGGCUCGGCCAUCAACAAGCUCCGCGAGACCCUCGGCGUCAAGGUCAACUUUGACGACGAGGCCGAGACCAAGAAGGGCAAGAAGCCCCUUGCCCACUGCAAGAUUGUCGGCCGCAAGGAGGCCGUCGACGAGGCCAAGCGCCGCCUCGACGCCCAGAUUGAGAAGCUCGAGGACGAGACCACCGAGAUUGUCAAGAUUAAGCGCGAGAUCCAGCCUGCCCUCAUUGGUGCCGGCGGCAAGUACGCCAUCCGUCUCGAGGAGAAGUACGGUGUCAAGCUGUCGUUCCCCCGCGACGGCAAGGACGGCAAGGACGGCAAGGAGGUCAAGUCGGACGAGGUCACCAUCCGCGGUGGCAAGAAGGGCGUGGCCUCCGCCAAGGCCGAGCUCCUCGAGGCCGCUGCCUUUGAGGCCGAGUCCCGCCAGGAGCUCACCUUCUCGGUCCCCUCCAAGGCCAUUGCCUUUAUUGUCGGCAAGUCGGGUGCCACUAUCAACGCCAUCAAGGACGACACUGGCGCCCAGAUUGACAUUGACAAGGCCGCCGAGGGCGCCACUGCCAAGGUCACCGUCCGCGGUGACAAGAAGGCCAUUGCCGCCGCCAAGGCCUCUGUCCUUGCUGUUGUCGAGCAGUUUGGCGACGAGGUCACUGUCAACAUGACCGUCGACCCCAAGUACCACCGUACCCUCAUUGGCCAGGGUGGCCAGAAGCUCCGCGACCUCAUUGCCUCGUGCGGCGGUCCCGAGGAGGGCUUCAAGCAGGCCGGUCUCGUCACCUUCCCCCGCCCCGGAGACGACACCAACGACCAGGUCCGCCUCCGUGGUGACGCCAAGGUAGUCAAGAAGAUUGAGGCCGAGCUCGAGAAGCUCAUUGCCGCUCUCAAGUCGACCCUCACCUGGGGUGUUGUCGUCCCCGCCGCUGGCCACGCGUCCAAGAUUGGUCGCGGCGGUUCGGCCCUCCAGGACCUCCAGCGCAAGACCAACACCACCGUCCACUUCCCCGGUUCGCGUCAGUACAACUCGAUUGGCGAGGUCGACAACAAGGACGAGCUUGCCGAGGCCGACGCCGCCGACAUUGUCAAGGUUAUCGGUUCCAAGGAGGCCAUUGCCAAGGCCACCGAGCUCCUCCAGGUGCCCGCUCCCGAGCCCCGCGGCGGCAACCGCCAGCGUGGCGGCAACGGCGACCUGCCCACCCGCACCGUCGCUGUCCCGACCAAGUACUACCACGCCGUCGCCGAGCAGCAGAACCUUAUCCGCCAGAUCCGCUCGGUUGGCGGCUUCCUCGUCAUCCCCACCCCGGCCCCGGCCAAGGCCGUCCUCCGCCCCACCCCCGGUGCCGGCGACGACCUCGCUGCCAAGACUGCCCGCAUCGACCUCGACGCCUCGGACGACGCCGAGGCGCCCGAGGGCGAGUUUGAGCUCCGCGCAAACUACGAGGGUGCCGACGACUCGACCCUCGACUGGAUCGUCCGCGCCAAGGAGGAGGACCUCGACAAGGCCGUUGCCGUGCUCGACAAGGCUGUCCAGACCGCCGCGGCCGCCACCCACGUCGGCCUCCUCACCGGCCUGCCCCGCUCGGCCUUCCCGCGCAUCAUCGGCUCCAAGGGCGCCACCAUCUCGCGCCUCCGUGCCGAGACCGGCGCCGACAUCACCGUCGGCAAGGACGACGACCUCAUCACCAUCACCGGCGACGAGGAGAGCGUCAACCAGGCCAAGGAGGCCAUCCUCUCCAUCGUCACCCGCCAGGGCAGCCGCUUCUAG